AUGGGGCAUCCAAAUAACUUCAGAGACGGAGCCAGUUCUCCUGAUGUGAGACCACAAAAGAAGAAAUCAAACAUCAGCAGAAAUCAGCUGGACUCCAUAUUCAAGGAGCUGGAACACAAAGUCAUCACUCUGAUAAAGAAUGAGCUGAAGAGGUUUAGGAAGCUCCUCAGUCCAGAUUACCCAACAUGCCCUGAGAGGGAGGUGGAGGAUGAGGAGGAUCUGCACAGUGUCAGAGAGGGAGCGCUGAAGAUCACACUGCGUGUCCUGAAGAACAUGAACCACACAGAUCUCGCUAACACACUGCACAACAAACUCGCCUCUGUGUAUCAGACAGAGCUGAAAUCCAACCUGAGAGAGAAAUUUAUAAGAAUUAAUGAAGGAAUCUCACAGCAUGGAAGCUCAGCACUUCUGAAUGAGAUCUAUACAGAUCUCUACAUCACAGAGGGUUGGAGUGGAGACGUCAAUAAUGAACAUGAGGUGAGACAGAUUGAGACAGCGUCCAGGAGACCAGCAACACAGGAGACACCCAUCAAAUGUAACGAGCUCUUUAAAGACAAGUCCAUCAGAAGUCUUCUGACUAAAGGAGUUGCUGGAAUUGGAAAAACAGUCUCUGUGCAGAAGUUCAUUCUGGACUGGGCUGAAGGAAAAGCAAAUCAGGACGUCACCUUCAUGUUUCCACUUCCUUUUAGAGAGCUGAAUCUGAUGAAGCAGAGAAAUCUCAGUCUGAUGGAGCUUCUUCAUCACUUUUUCCCAGAAAUGAGAAAACUAGAAUUACUAGACUCCUACACAGUGGUGUUGAUCUUUGAUGGUCUGGAUGAGUGUCGACUUCCUCUAAAUUUCCAGAAGAAUGAGAGAUUGUGUGAUGUGACAGCGUCAGCCUCGGUGGAUGUGCUGCUGACAAACCUCAUCAAGGGGAAUCUGCUUCCCUCUGCUUUCCUCUGGAUAACCUCUCGACCAGGAGCAGCCAAUCAGAUCCCUCCUGAGUGUGUAGACCAGGUAACAGAGAUACGAGGCUUCAGUGAUCCUCAGAAAGAGGAGUACUUCAGGAAGAGGAUCAGUGAUCAGAGCCUGGCCAAUAAAAUCAUCACACGCAUGAAGUCUUCAAGAAGCCUCUACAUCAUGUGCCACAUCCCAGUCUUCUGCUGGAUCUCAGCCACUGUUCUAGAGAGAAUGUUGGGUGAAGCAGAGAGUGGAGAGGUCCCCAAGACUCUGACUCAAAUGUUCACACACUUCCUGAUCUUUCAGAUCAAACACAAGGACCAAAAGUACCAUCAGAAAUGUGACCCUGAUCCUCAGCAGUCCAGAGAGAGUAUCCUGGCACUGGGGAAACUGGCUUUCCAACAGCUGGAGAAAGGAAACCUGAUCUUCUAUGAGGAAGACUUGAUAGAGUGUGGCAUUGAUGUUGGAGAAGUGGCAGUGUACUCAGGAGUGUGUACCCAAAUCUUCAGAGAGGAGUUUGGGCUUCACUUGGGGAAGGUGUUUAGCUUUGUACAUCUGAGUAUUCAGGAGUUUCUGGCUGCUUUAUACGCAUUUCUCUCCUUCAUCAGCAGAAAUGUAACAGAACAACAAACCACUGAUCUGUCUGAUCUUUUCAGAAAGUCAGCCAUGUCUGAUUUCCUCAGGAGUGCAGUGGACAAGGCCUUACAGAGUGAGAAUGGACACCUGGACCUGUUCCUCCGCUUCCUUCUGGGUCUCUCACUGGAGUCCAAUCAGGCUCUCUUACGAGGCUUAAUGCCCCAGACAGGAAGCAGCUCUCACAGCAAACAGGAAACAGUCAGGUACAUCAAGGAGAAGAUCAGGGAGAAUCCAUCUCCAGAGAAAUCCAUCAAUCUGUUCCACUGUCUGAAUGAACUGAAUGAUCAUUCUCUAGUGCAAGAAGUACAGACUUACCUGAACAGAGAAGGUGACCGUCGUCUCAGGGGAACCCGACUCUCUCCUGCUCAGUGGUCAGCUCUGGUGUUUGUGUUACUGAACUCAGAUCAGGAGCUGGAUGAGUUUGAUUUGAGUAAAUAUGACCGAUCAGAGGAAUGUCUUCUGAAGCUGCUGCCAGUGGUCAAAGCCUCCAGAAAAGCUGACCUGUGGAUGUGUAAUCUGACAGAGGAAAGCUGUAGAGUUCUGUCCUCAGUUCUCAACUCAAACUCCUCCAGACUGAGAGAACUGCACCUGAGUCACAAUAAACUGCAGGAUUCAGGAGUGAAGCUGCUCUGUGCUGGACUGGAGAAUCCACACUGUACACUGGAGAUACUGAGGCUGUGGAGGUGUAAUCUGACAGAGGAAAGCUGUAGAGUUCUGUCCUCAGUUCUCAGCUCAAACUCCUCCAGACUGAGAGAACUGGACCUGGGUUACAAUAACCUGCAGGAUUCAGGAGUGAAGCUGCUCUCUGCUGGACUGGAGAAUCCACACUGUACACUGCAGACACUGAGGUACACACUCAUGUGA